AUGGCUACUAGCUUAGAUGAGAAAGAAAGCCUUCUUAAAGGCAUUAAUGUUUUCAGGCAAUCGCAGAACUUAUCAGCCCUGACAAUGAACUACAAGGCCUCAUGCUUUGCCAAGGAAAUCGCGAAGCAACUAGAAGGCGAGUCAUGUUCUCAAGUAACUGAUCCCAACAGUGUGCCAGGAGUCCCGGACAUUCUCAAGAAAUGCAAGGUGAACAUUAAUUCCACGACAGACGGAUUAAUGCUAUCGGUUUGUGUUGUCAACAGAGUGCCAAAUCUUGUUCUAAACAACUUUACUCAAACAUUUUACGGUAAGUAUCUGAAGAGUUCCAAGUUCACUGGAGCUGGCAUUGGUAAGGAGGAUGAUUGGACUGUUGUUGUGCUGAGCACAAGCACACCUGCUGGAAGUUUUUCGAGCUUUGCAUGUAGAUCAGCUUGUGGCAGCUUGUGCUAUUUGAUUGUGCUUCUUGGUUUGUUUUUAACAUGGCUAAUUGAAUAG